AAGCGUCAGUCUUGACAAUUCGAUCUAAAUAUUCUGGAUUUGCAAUUUAAAAAGCGUGUGAAUAAAAUUUAUGAUCAAAAUGGACCCGAAAUCCCACCAAAAGCUCUUCAAGGAAAUGGCAGAAGUCGUGUCCAAUUCCAGCGAUGACGGGGAGAAGUUGCUAACCAAAAACUCUAGCAACACCAUCGAGAAGUCCGAGGAAGUCUGCAAGGAGCGCCCCGAAGCUGUGGAGCAGAUGCGCAUCGAUGUCAAUAACUCACUUGAGGACACGAACAUGAAUGCGGUGGAAUCAGAAGCUCAAAAGAAUAUCGCCGGCCUUGAUGAGGACCUUAUCAUGGAAGACUUCGGCGUCGAGGUCGUCCCGUUCCACGAUCCCUGGUCCAAGCUAUUGAUAAAGCACCCCGUGCGCAACAAAAGGUGCGGCCAUAUCUACGACCGCGAAACGGUUUUAAUGAUCAUCAAGGACAACAUUGGCAUCCUAUGCCCGGUGCGCGACUGUCCCAACUUGUCCGACAUCAAGUUAGAGCACCUGGUCAAGGACCCCGACGUGGAGCAGGAGUUGCAAAAGCGCAAGUCCGACAAGAUCCAGAAUGAAACUUCCUCGGAUGAGGACUAAGAACAGGCAGGUCAUUAAUUAUAUAUAAUAAGCGCCUUUAAACUUUAGAUUUUAAUAUGACUUCAAGUCUUGUUGAGAAUUAACUUUAUAAAUAAAAAACACUCCUUUGG